AUGCAUUUCUCUGUGAGCACGCAGCUCACAGCAUCAUUCACUACUACAAGGACAGCUCCACCUCACAGGCGCAGGAUAACAACGCGAGGACUCAAGCGCGCCCAUGAGAAUGCUUCCAAAGCUUCCAAGAAAGACCGCACCAGUGUAGCCGUCAAAGCGCCGAAUUUGCAGGGCCGGUGUGCCACUCGUAAGCCUCCAAUUCCUGCUGCCACAACUAGCGGCAAGAGAAAGCGCAAGGUCAAGUGCUCCGCCUGUGGUGGGCCGCAUUACAAGAAGACAGGCUGCGCCGCUUCCGCCGCCAAGUCCCGCCCUCAGCCAGGCGCCGACAAGUAG